UUGGAGCCGCUUUUAAAAGUCGAUUAAAGCGAGUAUUUACGACCUGACAGCGACAGUCUACGAGCAACCAUGAUUAUUCGCCAAACUUAAAAGCUUAUUGAAACUCCAUUCGUAUAUAAACGUGUUAGUCGUGUACGAGUGUGGGAGCGCAGAUGGAUUAUAAUCACUUGAUGGCACCUCCGGUACCGCCGCAUAAGCCGAAGUGCAGCCGGCCGUCGGGCGCUCAGGAGCGGCUACUGAAGUGUGUACUGCUCGGGGAUGGAGCGGUGGGUAAAACCAGCCUGGUGGUCAGUUACACAACUAACGGCUACCCGACUAAAUACGUCCCAACAGCUUUCGACAACUUUUCAGCGGUGGUACAGGUAGAUGGACAGCCUUUACGACUGCAACUUUGCGACACUGCUGGACAGGAUGAAUUUGACAAACUGAGGCACUUCUGCUACACACGCACAGAUGUUCUGCUGCUCUGCUUCAGCGUGGUCAGCCCAGCCUCUUUUCAAAACGUGGGGGAAAAAUGGGUCCCCGAGAUCCGGCGGCGGUGUCCGUCAACACCCGUUCUGUUGGUGGGCACACAGUGCGACCUGCGGCAGGACGUCAAAGUGCUGAUCGACCUGGCACGCCGUCGAGAGCAGCCUGUCCCGGAGCAGGAUGCCUGCGCUCUUGCUGACAAGAUCGGUGCUGUGACGUAUGUGGAGUGCUCCGCUCUCACUCAGAAGAACCUCAAGGAGGUGUUCGACGCUGCCAUCGCCGCUGGUCUGCGCCAGUCUGACAGACGUGCCAGGAGGGAACGCAAGGUUCGCAGUACAGCUGAUAAGAUGAAAAUGCUCUCCAAGGCCUGGUGGAAGAAAUAUGUGUGUAUUCAAUAACACAACACAAGCCAAGCUCUGAGUCAUAGCAAAUGGACAAAGCUUCAGUGCCUCCAGCAGAUGGACUGAUAAGUGAAUGAGGUGCUGGUUUACACGUUGGAGAGAGAUUUUUAUUGCCAUGAGCCGAGCUUUGGUCAGUCUUAACUA